GUGAGGUUGCAGGUGAUGGAGAAAGACCGGGAGUGGUACGGCGCCAUCCUGCGCAGCCACAUCGUCAUGUGUCACACUCUGCUGCCUGGCGACCUGAGCCGACCUCGAAACCUGACGACUCUGUCGGGACUCGUGCUGACCACCGGGUCCACCCAGGGCAGAAUCUUCGUCAACGAGGCCAACGUGACGUACAGCGACAGCAUCAGCAUCAAUGGCAUCUUCCACGAGAUCGACAAGGUCUUGACUCCUCCCAACAUUGACAAAGAAAGACCGCCGGCUGCUCCUCUGAACCUGACCAACGUGGCUGAACGUCAAGGAUAUAAAACUUUCUACAAACUGCUGGAGGACACGGCUGUGAUGGACCUGGUGAAUGAUGGGAUGUACCAGCCUGUGACGGUCUUCCUGCCCUCAGACGGCGUCAUGGCGUCUCUGCCGCAGGAGCAGAAGGACUUCCUGUUCCACUCAGACAACCGCCGUCAGCUGGUGGAGUACCUGAAGUACCACAUCCUGCAGUCCCAGAAGAUUUACGCUGAAGGUUUGAUCCAUCAGGACUCGCUGCGGACUCUGCAGGGUUCGCCGCUCUCGUUCACCUGCGGGGGGACAGAUGACAUCGGAGAAAUCUUUGUCAACGACGGGAAGUGUCGGAUUAUUCAGAGACACCUAAUCUUCAAGGGUGGGAUCGCCUACGGCAUCGACUGUCUGCUGACUCCGCCCAGCCUCGGAGGACGUUGUGACACACAGACGACCUUCGACCUUCAGAUGAGCUGUGGCAUGUGCGCCUACUCAGCUGAACGUUGUCCCUCAGGGUCCAAACUUAAGGAAGUUCAGAAAUGUGACCUUCCCACCAUGUUUGUCAAAAAAAACUUUGGCUGUCGCAGCAUCUGCACCGUCCACGUCUGGCAGCCAAAGUGUUGUCAUGGUUACCACGGACGAGACUGUCUGG